AUGCCUUACUUCAAGACCAUCACAGAAUGGCACGAGCAAUCUUCGCUGCUGCUCAAAGCCCGUCCAACCACCGCACGCAUAACCUCCAAAUACACCGUCCUCAAGCCCUCCGCCUCAAAAGUCGAAAAGCGUAGAAAAUUCGCCGCAAACGCAAAGCCUGCAGACGCCUCGCGCGCAUCGUCCCCACCGCCCGCCGCCCAGAACCCAGAGGAGCCCAUCGCGACAUUCAGGCUGAAGACGUACGACCCCGAGUCUGGGACAUGUUUGCAGUACGAGACGAACAAGGCAGCAGAGGUGGGGAGGUUGAUUGGAAAUCUGGGGAGGCUGGGGAGGGGUAUGGCGGCGCUGCCGGAGAUCGAGGGUGAUGGGGAUUUGAGUGCGCCGGCGCCGGAGGGGGAAGCAAAGGUCGAUGCGGGUGGGGAUGUGAAGAUGGGCGGUGUGGCAGAUAAGAAAGUGGAGACUGGGACUGGUGGGGGAAAGAAGAAGAAGAAGGGGAAGAAAUGA